AUGCCACCAAGAAUACCGAAACGGUCGAUAUAUGCAGAUAUUUAUGUGAAGGGCUCGCAUCGAGCGAGAUUUACACCACGUGUAGCUCGGCCUUGGAGGCCACGUGUGAUUGCUUGGGCUGGGCCUACUGCUUUUUAUCCGAAUAGUCUUAAAGAUUUUGAAAAGCAUCACUCUCUUUCAAAUGAUUCUGUAUUGGAUACAACAGCAGAAAAUGAUCAGCGAAAUAGUUAUGCAAGGAUAAUCCCCUCGCUCUAUAUCAAAACUCGACCUUCAAGAAAAUUCUAUGAAAUGGAUAAAUGGUACAAAGCAAGAAUCACAAAACCUGAAAUAAUUCCGCAAUUGCACGUUAUUGAUCCAGACAAAUACACGGCUACGAUCGAAGAACGUUUGCAGGAACCGGAAGUUAAAGAAGCUGCAAUUAAUAUUGGAUAUAAAGAAAAAAUUUUGCCUGUUCAAAAACCGAGUAUUUCAAAGGAGGAAAUUGAAAGAUUGUCGUGGAAAAGGCAAUUGAAAAUAGAUCUCAAUCUGUUAAAUCAUUAUCAGAGAAAUAUUGUCAAGCAUUAUCGGAUUUUUGAUGAUUUAUUUGGUGAAGGAGUAUAUUUCAAUAUAACCCAAAUUAUGCGAACGAAAUUUGGCAAGAACAUUGCUUAUUAUGGAAAUAUUUUAGAAGCUAGCCAUGCCAAAGAGAAACCUUCUAUAACAAUUGAAUCUGUCGGACAUGGUUAUAACACUUUAAUGAUUAUAAAUCUUGAUGGAAAUCCCUAUUUAUCCAAUACUGAACUUCUUCACUGGUUCGUUUCAAAUAUCGAAGAUGGCAAAUCAGUCGCGGAAGGUACUGAGGAAGUUCCUUAUUUACAACCUCUUCCUUUUAAAAACACUGGAUACCACAGGCUUGCAAUAAUCCUCUUUCAUCAUGAAAAGCAAAUUGAUUUUACAGCAUAUAGGCCAAAAAGCAACAGUUUAUUUGAUCGAUCGUUCAAGAUGCAAAAAUUUUAUAAAUUAAAUGAAGAUGAAAUUACGCCAUCAUCUAUAUCUUUCAUACAAGUAAUUUGGGAUAUGUCUGUCAAUUAUGCUUUACACACUUUAGGUAUUUUUACACGUUCUAUUCAUUCUAUUCCAUUUUACAUUUAUCUUUCCUCCGAAAAUACUAACGAUUCAGAAGAAAUAAUCUUCUGA